GGCUCCCCAAUAAGCCUUUUCCUGAUGAGUAUUAGGUCCCGCUUAUACAAGACAAACGAAGCCGAGGCCAAGCGAAAGCCAGUAUCUCAAACACCACCACCAUUCUUGGUUCGUCUACAGCUCUCAUAUCUUCGGUCUGUGUCAAGAUGAAGCUUAUUACCACGGCGAUAGUAGUCGCCACCUGUGUUCUGGUCCCAUUUCAGGUGUUCGCCCAGGCCAUCGGAACAAUCACAAAUGCACCCCAAGAUGGCGAUCUCAAUGGCUCCAAUUUCACAUACCCAUGGCCUGUGAAGCUGUUUCAAUUCUCCUCGCAGCUACAGAAAGUUGAGAUGGCGUUCAUGGAUGUCGACCCGACCGGCGAACCUAAUGGAAGAGUGGCCGUAUGCUUACACGGCAAGAACUUCUGUGCACCGACAUGGGAGUCCACCGCGCGUGUCCUCGCCGAGCAGGGAUACCGAAUUAUUUUGAUUGAUCAGAUUGGCUUCUGCAAGUCUGCAAAACCCAACUCUUACCAAUAUACACUACAACAGCUGUCAUACAAUACGAACAGUCUACUGCACGCGCUGGGAAUCGGGAACAUUACGUUGAUCGGGCAUUCUCUGGGUGGCAUGACGAGUAUCCGGUACGGCCUGAUGUACCCCGAGACCAUCAACGAACUCGUGCUCGUCAAUCCAAUCGGACUGGAAGACUGGAAAGCCCUCGGUGUGCCGUACCGGGACAUCGAGACGCUGUAUGCCUCCGAGGUCGUGAGUAAUUACACGACGAUCCGAGCGUACCAGCAAGCGACCUACUACGUAAAUACUUGGGACGCAUCUUACGACGUGUGGGUUAACAUGCUCGCCAAUAUCUAUGCCGGGACCGAGGCUCCCGCCUUUGCGUUCGAUCAGGCCCUCACUACGGAUAUGGCGCUCAGCGCUCCCGUCGUGUACGAGUUCGGGUCGCUCAAACCGCGCACGCUGCUGAUGAUCGGGGACAAGGAUAAUACUGCGUUGGGGAAGCAAUGGAGCCCGCCCGAGGUGCAGGAAAAGCUGGGCCACUAUGAUGUGUUAGGGAAGCAGGCGGCAGCGGCGAUACCAAACGCGGAUCUCGUUGAAUUUCCAGACCUGGGACAUGCCCCGCAGAUACAAGAUCCUGAUAGAUUCCACGCAAAGUUGCUGGGGUGGUUAUCGAUGUGAGCCUGGGCGCAUGGCUUCGCACGGCGUGGAACGGUAAUAUUUGUUCUUCUAGAGACCUUAGACCGAGGAGCUAUGGAUCUAGAUGGAUAUAACAAGGGCAGGAUAACUGGGCUUGGAACUGGGGAUUCUGAUUACAAUGAUCAACUAGGGCUGCAUAAGU